UAUACAUAUACAUAAUAAAUUCGAAUGAGCAGUAUCGGUAAAUUCCAAAAUAAUUGUGAUAAUUUCAGCAAAAUAGAUGGAUACUCUAAGAACACCUUAUAUAUAUAUCGCGCAUUAGAAAGAAAGAGAGAGAGAAAUGAGUGGUAUACAAUAUCAGCAGUGAUUGCUAUCAUUUUGUCUGACGCGCGGAACAGAAUGGUCAGCGAUGCUGAUGCAAAAGCAGUGAUAUCAAGCGAUAUCGUGGCAGUAGCGAUCGCGGUGACAGCGUCGGCGACGGCGACGACGACGGCGACGACGGCGACGACGGCGACGACGACGGCGACGGUGGCAGCGGGGGUGGUGACGGUUUUGCGCGUGUGUUUACCGCCGCUGAUCGACGCUAAAGAGCCUUCUCCCUCUCGUUUCGCGAUUGUUCUACGGUCGCGGCCGCGAUCCGUGUGUUUGUCGCGGGAAAAACGAUGUCAGGAUACCGCAAGGUGAAUUAUUACGAGCUUUGCCGAUUGUGUACCAACAGCGAGGGUAACAAGAUGUAUAUAUUUCGCGAGGAGGGACGCAGACGACAAUUGCAGACGAAAAUACAGACGUAUUUGGCGAUACAAGUUAUGGAGAAUGACUCAUUACCAAAAAUUGUAUGCCACGAAUGUGUCAAAAAGCUGGAAAAUUUUAUAGAAUUUCGGGAAACUGUAGUCAAUGCCGAGGGUAUGUUGGAGUCUUAUCUUACUUCGCUUCAUUUGUCCGAAGAUUUUUUGAAAGAAGGAAAAGUUUAUGUAAAAAAUAUCGAAAAGGAAAGAUCAUCAACACCAGAGGAUGAAAUUCUUAAGUCAAUGGAAAAGGUGUCAACGUCACCGAGAAGUCAAGUAAUAAAUGAUCAACAAAUACAACAACAUCAACAACCUGUUGUAGUUAGCAAUAUAAAUGCUUCUAAUAUACAAAUCAUCAGUGGAGUUCAAGCUAGAGUACAGCAAUACAAAUGUGCUAUGCAGAUGCAACCAGGUGGUAUGGCAGCAGCUGUUGUUGAAGCUACAGCAGAGACUCAUUAUAGUUACCAACAGCAGACAUCUCAAGUAUCGCAGCAAUCAAAUGAAGCGCAAAAUCAAAUUGGUGAGCAGCAGAAUCAAUCUCCUGCGAUCCAACAAGCGCAGAACCAAAUACAGAAUCAUAGUCAAAUAAAUCAGCAAGUGCAAUCCCAAAGACCAAUUUCUCAGCAAUUGAACCAAGCAGGACAAUUAUCUCAGAAUCAAAGCCAAGUUAAUCAACAAAUGCAGGGACAGAUAUCACAGCAGCUUCAACAAUUACAAAGGCAACAACGCGAAUUUGAGAAACAGCACAGACAACUUCAGCAACUUGAGAAGCAGCAAGCACAAAUUAUAACACAACAAGAAUUCUCGGUGAAACAAGAGACACCAGUUGUACAUCAAAAUAAUAAUGUAGUUCUCAAAACCGAGACGGACAUAGAACCUAAUCAGCAAGUCAUACAGAAAAUACAAUCUGAAGUCCAAAAAGAUGAAUCUCCUAACUCAGGUGUACAAACUUAUACUACAGUACAAGCAACGCCAGAAGUAUUUUUAAACUUGGGUUUUAAAGAAAAUACACUGACAACACCAACAGCAGUACGAGAUGAUAUAAAAGAUUUUAAAGAAUUUACAAAAACUUCAUCUGAUGAUGGAAUGUCUCGUAAUUCAAUUGAUCAGAUUAGAGAAUUUCUGAGGCUUAGAUCAGGAUCAGAACCAGCAUCUUUAAUCACCGUAAAUCCUCAAGUACUCUCGCAGACUACAAAAAAUACUAUCUGCCGCGAUUGCGGUAAAAGUUUUUCCUCAUUGACUCAAAUGAGCAACCAUAAUUGUAGUGUUGAAAUACUUAUAAAUGAACCAUCAGAUGCUAGAAGCAAAGAUGAUUCUUUACAAACUAAUGUUAAUUCUUUUAGUUGUGACAUUUGUAGUAAACCAUUCAAACGAAAAGAACAUCUCUUUCAACAUCGGAAAUUGCAUACUGGUGAGCGACCAUAUGUGUGCACAACGUGUGCAAAAGCAUUUAGCCGUAAAGAACACUUGGUUAGACAUUCAGUAUCUCAUACCGGACAAAAAAUGCACGAAUGUGACAUGUGCGGCAAAAGUUUUUCGCGCAAAGAUAAUCUCCAUAAACAUCGAAAAACGCAUGGUGUAGCUGGUCCUUAUAUUUGCGAAACUUGUGGCAAAUCUUUCAUUAUAAAACAUUAUUAUAUGAUGCAUUUAACUACUCAUGCAGCAACUCUCACAGACGAUGUAAAUUGUCCAGAUCCAUUGCCAUAUAAAUGCGAUAUAUGCCACAAAGCAUACUCUGUAAAACAAUAUCUUACUGCACAUAAACUUAGACAUAGAUCAAAAAACAAUAAUUCUGCACAAAAUAAUUUAAAUGGGCAUCAGCAACAACAAUCACAACAAGCGGAUACUGCAAAUAAUGUGAAUGUAGUGACAAAUAAUGUUAAUAAUACUGGACAUUUAAAUAAUGGACAAUCUAGUAAUGAAUCAACUGUUGAAAUGCAAAGUGUUAUUGAACGGAAUGAACAGACUAAUGGGUCAUUUACUAACAGUCAGUAUCAUACUAAUAUACAAGAGUUUCAAUGAGAUAAGGGAAAGCGUGUCUAUUAUGUUCUCUUGCCAAAUGGUAAUAAUCAUAAGAUCGUGGUUGUAUAAGCAAGAGAAACUUUGACGCGCUAAACUAUUUUCUUAUAUGGUUUUGCUCUUGAAUGAACGGUUUAAUAUUACAGGAAUGAGAAUCAAAAUGGCUAUUCUGAUAAAUUAAACAUUUUAAGUGUGUACACAUUGCACAGAAGAUAGAUCUGUUGAAAGGUUUAAGAAUGCUUGCUCGAUAUGAUGAUGUAAAUAUAUCAUGCCAACAAAACAUGUAACAAAUAGUAGUUGUAUAGAAUGCAAGCUAUAGUUUUGAAACAAAUGCUCACUUGUAAUAACAUUUUAAAAGUAUUAAUA